AUGAAGUUCCGAUAUUUGUUGUUGCUGUUCAAUAUCAUUAGGAGCUGCUUUGCUGUAAAACUGCUGGAAGCGAAUCCAGAUGUAAAAAGGCUUUACGAUGACCUGCUCAGUAACUACAAUCGAUUGAUUAGACCUGUGACCAAUGUGAGUGAUAUACUGACGGUGAGGCUUGGCUUGAAGCUCUCCCAACUCAUGGAGGUGAAUUUGAAGAACCAGGUCAUGACUACCAACUUGUGGGUGGAACAGAAAUGGUUCGACUACAAGCUCCAAUGGAAUCCAGAUGACUAUGGAGGUGUUGAGAUGCUGUACGUACCUUCAGAACACAUCUGGCUGCCUGACAUCGUCCUUUAUAAUAACUGGGACGGUAAUUACGAAGUGACACUUAUGACAAAAGCCACCUUAAAGUAUACCGGAGAAGUGAACUGGAAGCCUCCAGCCAUAUACAAGUCAUCUUGUGAGAUAAAUGUUGAAUAUUUUCCAUUUGAUGAACAAACUUGCUUCAUGAAAUUCGGCUCCUGGACAUACAAUGGAGCUCAGGUGGAUUUAAAACAUAUGGAUCAAUUACCUGGUAGUAGUCUUGUUCAUGUUGGUAUUGAUCUUAGUGAGUUUUAUUUAUCGGUAGAGUGGGAUAUACUUGAAGUACCAGCUACUAGAAACGAGGAGUACUAUCCUUGCUGUCCCGAACCUUUUUCUGAUAUAACUUUUAAACUAACAAUGAGAAGAAAAACUCUGUUCUAUACAGUAAACUUAAUCAUACCAUGUGUCGGGUUGACUUUUUUGACUGUACUUGUAUUUUAUUUGCCAUCGGAUUCUGGUGAAAAGAUAUCGCUCUGCAUCUCCAUCCUGGUGUCCCUCACUGUGUUCUUCCUUGGUCUGGCCGAGAUCAUCCCGCCAACAUCCUUGGCGAUCCCUUUGCUUGGGAAAUAUCUACUAUUCACAAUGAUUCUCGUGUCGCUCAGCGUUUGGGUCACUGUAUGCAUUGUAAACGUCCAUUUCAGCAUCUCGAUUCUGGUUUCACUCACCGUGUUUUUCCUGUUGAUGGCUGAAAUAAUACCGCCCACAUCCCUAGCAAUACCGUUGUUAGGGAAGUAUUUGCUGUUUACAAUGAUUUUGGUAUCGCUCAGUGUAUGGAUGACGGUAUGCGUUUUAAAUGUUCACUUUAGGUCUCCUUCAACACACACGAUGUCUCCAUGGAUGAAAAAGCUUUUCCUUCAGCUGAUGCCUAAAUUAUUGAUGAUGAGAAGAACCAAAUACUCUCUACCAGACUACGAUGACACCUUUGUGUCUAAUGGAUAUACCAAUGAACUGGAAAUGAGUAGGGACAGUCUGACUGAUGCUUUUGGAAGUACCAAGGGUGAUGAUGGUGACUACUGCAAGUCACCAGCUCCUGAAGAUGAUAUGAUGGGAGCCGGCGUUCAUCAAAGACCUUCAGUAACGGAAUCAGAAAAUAUGCUGCCUCGUCAUUUGUCACCUGAAGUGGCUGCAGCGCUGCAAAGUGUGAGGUUCAUAGCACAGCACAUUAAAGACGCUGACAAGGAUAAUGAGGUUGUGGAAGACUGGAAGUUCAUGUCUAUGGUGCUGGAUCGUUUCUUUCUGUGGCUGUUUACCAUCGCCUGUUUUGUGGGCACCUUCGGAAUCAUCUUCCAAUCACCCUCACUUUACGACACCAGGGUACCAGUCGAUCAACAGAUAUCAUCGAUACCCAUGCGAAAGAACAACUUCUUCUACCCCAAGGAUAUUGAAACUAUCGGUAUUAUUAGUUAA